AUGACCUCGGAGGGCGUUUCAGAGUCUCUGCCCAAGUACAACACCAUGGAGGUCAUUCCCGAGUCUCUGUCAACGCCCAUGACCCCAGAGGUCGCUCCCAAGACUCUGCUCAUGUUCAACGUCAUGGCCGCCACGCCAGAGUUCCAUGUCAUAGCUGCCGCGCCAGAGUUAGCUCCAGGCCAUCUCACAGCCACGCCAGAAGGAAAGAAAGUCAUACAGGAGAUGAAUGCACAGAGUCCCAGUACAGCUACAAUUUUCCCCACGUCCACUGUCAUUAUAACAAGUUCAGCUGAGUUUCAAACAUCAACUCGUACAAAGCCAGUUGUGAUCAGGAAUCUCACUGUCUCUGAAAUCACAACUUCGUCUGUGUUCCUGAAAUGGGACGAACCAGUUGAAAAUAGAUCAUUCUUCAAACUUCAAUGGACUGGUUAUGAUUCAAAUGAAAUAUUAACCAAUCACACAACAACUAGUAACACUUCCUAUAACAUCACUGGACUAACUGCUGGUGUCAACUACACAUUCAACAUCACAGCUGUUGCAGCAGAUAAUGUGACAGAAGGCCAACCAAUCAGGAUCUCAGUCUAUACUAAGCCUGAUGUCAUAAUGAAUCUCACAGUUGAUAAUAUUACAACAUCUUCUGUAUCACUAAACUGGACUAAACCAAACGGUCAAAGCUCCCAUUACAGAGUAGAAUAUGAAAAUAUCAAUGUGACUAUCAAUGAAACUACUGAGAAAACCUUCAUCACAAUAAAUAAUCUGAUUCCUGGAUCACAGUACACAUUCAAAGUUUUUACAGUUGCAGCAGAUAAUGUGACAGAGGGAAGAUCAGAUCAGAUUUCACACUAUACCAAGCCAGAUGUGAUCAGGAAUAUCAUUGUCUCUGACAUCACAACUUCGUCUGUGUUCCUGAAAUGGGAUGAACCAAUUGGAAAUAGAUCAUUCUUCAAACUUCACUGGACUGGUUAUGAAUCAAACGAAAUAUUAACCAAUCACACAACAACUAGUAACACUUCCUAUAACAUCACUGGACUAACUGCUGGUGUCAACUACACUUUCAACAUCACAGCUGUUGCAGCAGAUAAUGUGACAGAGGGAAGAUCAGAUCAGAUUUCACACUAUACCAAGCCAGAUGAGAUAAAAAUUCUCAAAGUGAGUAACAUCACAACAUCUUCUGUAUUUCUGACAUGGGAGGAACCUCUUGGAAAAAGAUCUUUCUUUAGAGUUCAAUGGACUGAUGAGCAAACAUUCAACAACACAACAACUAGUAACACUUCCUAUAACAUCACUGGACUAACUGCUGGUGUCAACUACACAUUCAACAUCACAGUUGUUGCAUCAGAUAAUAUGACAGAAGGCCAACCAAUCAGGAUCUCAGUCUAUACUAAGCCUGAUGUCAUAAUGAAUCUCACAGUUGAUAAUAUUACAACAUCAUCUGUAUCACUAAACUGGACUAAACCAAAUGGUCAAAGCUCCCAUUACAGAGUAGAAUAUGAAGAUAUCAAUGUGACUAUCAAUGAAUCUACUGAGAAAACCUUCAUCACAAUAAAUAAUCUGAUUCCUGGAUCACAGUACACAUUCAAAGUUUUUACAGUUGCAGCAGAUAAUGUGACAGAGGGAAGAUCAGAUCAGAUUUCACACUAUACCAAGCCAGAUGAGAUAAAAAUUCUCAAAGUGAGUAACAUCACAACAUCUUCUGUAUUUCUGACAUGGGAGGAACCUCUUGGAAAAAGAUCUUUCUUUAGAGUUCAAUGGACUGAUGAGCAAACAUUCAACAACACAACAACUAGUAACACUUCCUAUAACAUCACUGAACUAACUGCUGGUGUCAACUACACAUUCAACAUCACAGCUGUUGCAGCAGAUAAUGUGACAGAAGGCCAACCAAUCAGGAUCUCAGUCUAUACUAAGCCUGAUGUCAUAAUGAAUCUCAGAGUUGAUAAUAUUACAACAUCAUCUGUAUCACUAAACUGGACUAAACCAAAUGGUCAAAGCUCCCAUUACAGAGUAGAAUAUGAAAAUAUCAAUGUGACUAUCAAUGAAACUACUGAGAAAACCUUCAUCACAAUAAAUAAUCUGAUUCCUGGAUCACAGUACACAUUCAAAGUUUUUACAGUUGCAGCAGAUAAUGUGACAGAGGGAAGAUCAGAUCAGAUUUCACGCUAUACCAAGCCAGAUGAGAUAAAAAUUCUCAAAGUGAGUAACAUCACAACAUCUUCUGUAUUUCUGACAUGGGAGGAACCUCUUGGAAAAAGAUCUUUCUUUAGAGUUCAAUGGACUGAUGAGCAAACAUUCAACAACACAACAACUAGUAACACCUCCUAUAACAUCACUGAACUAACUGCUGGUGUCAACUACACAUUCAACAUCACAGCUGUUGCAGCAGAUAAUAUGACAGAAGGCCAACCAAUCAGGAUCUCAGUCUAUACUAAGCCUGAUGUCAUAAUGAAUCUCACAGUUGAUAAUAUUACAACAUCUUCUGUAUCACUAAACUGGACUAAACCAAAUGGUCAAAGCUCCCAUUACAGAGUAGAAUAUGAAAAUAUCAAUGUGACUAUCAAUGAAACUACUGAGAAAACCUUCAUCACAAUAAAUAAUCUGAUUCCUGGAUCACAGUACACAUUCAAAGUUUUUACAGUUGCUGCAGAUAAUGUGACAGAGGGAAGAUCAGAUCAGAUUUCAUGCUAUACCAAGCCAGAUGUGAUCAGGAAUCUCAUUGUCUCAGACAUCACAACUUCGUCUGUGUUCCUGAAAUGGGAUGAACCAAUUGGAAAUAGAUCAUUCUUCAAACUUCACUGGACUGGUUAUGAAUCAAACGAAAUAUUAACCAAUCACACAACAACUAGUAACAUUUCCUAUAACAUCACUGGACUAACUGCUGGUGUCAACUACACUUUCAACAUCACAGCUGUUGCAGCAGAUAAUGUGACAGAAGGCCAACCAAUCAGGAUCUCAGUCUAUACUAAGCCUGAUGUCAUAAUGAAUCUCACAGUUGAUAAUAUUACAACAUCUUCUGUAUCACUAAACUGGACUAAACCAAACGGUCAAAGCUCCCAUUACAGAGUAGAAUAUGAAAAUAUCAAUGUGACUAUCAAUGAAACUACUGAAAAAACCUUCAUCACAAUAAAUAAUCUGAUUCCUGGAUCACAGUACACAUUCAAAGUUUUUACAGUUGCAGCAGAUAAUGUGACAGAGGGAAGAUCAGAUCAGAUUUCACACUAUACCAAGCCAGAUGAGAUAAAAAUUCUCAAAGUGAGUAACAUCACAACAUCUUCUGUAUUUCUGACAUGGGAGGAACCUCUUGGAAAAAGAUCUUUCUUUAGAGUUCAAUGGACUGAUGAGCAAACAUUCAACAACACAACAACUAGUAACACUUCCUAUAACAUCACUGGACUAACUGCUGGUGUCAACUACACAUUCAACAUCACAGCUGUUGCAGCAGAUAAUGUGACAGAAGGCCAACCAAUCAGGAUCUCGGUGUAUACUAAUCCUGAUGUCAUAAUGAAUCUCAGAGUUGAUAAUAUUACAACAUCAUCUGUAUCACUAAACUGGACUAAACCAAACGGUCAAAGCUCCCAUUACAGAGUAGAAUAUGAAAAUAUCAAUGUGACUAUCAAUGAAACUACUGAGAAAACCUUCAUCACAAUAAAUAAUCUGAUUCCUGGAUCACAGUACACAUUCAAAGUUUUUACAGUUGCAGCUGAUAAUGUGACAGAGGGAAGAUCAGAUCAGAUUUCACACUAUACCAAGCCAGAUGUGAUCAGGAAUAUCAUUGUCUCUGACAUCACAACUUCAUCUGUGUUCCUGAAAUGGGAUGAACCAAUAGGAAAUAGAUCAUUUUUCAAACUUAACUGGACUGGUUAUAAAACAAACGAAAUAUUAACCAAUCACACAACAACUAGUAACACCUCCUAUAACAUCACUGGACUAACUGCUGGUGUCAACUACACAUUCAACAUCACAGCUGUUGCAGCAGAUAAUGUGACAGAAGGACAAUCAAUCAGGAUCUCAGUCUAUACUAAGCCUGAUGUCAUAAUGAAUCUCAGAGUUGAUAAUAUUACAACAUCAUCUGUAUCACUAAACUGGACUAAACCAAACGGUCAAAGCUCCCAUUACAGAGUAGAAUAUGAAAAUAUCAAUGUGACUAUCAAUGAAACUACUGAGAAAACCUUCAUCACAAUAAAUAAUCUGAUUCCUGGAUCACAGUACACAUUCAAAGUUUUUACAGUUGCAGCAGAUAAUGUGACAGAGGGAAGAUCAGUUCAGAUUUCAUGCUAUACCAGUAAUCUGGAUAAAACUGGGAUGUUUGUUGGCAUAGCUCUUGGCGUGCUCUGUAUUCUCAUUACCAUCACUCUAAUUCUAUUCUUCUAUUCAAGAAGAAAAACAAAGGAAAAAUGUUCUGAAAUCCCUUUCCAUGCCAUUAGGUGACUGUGUAGUGUUGUUUUUGAUAUAUUCAUAUUUAAAUAUGUAUUUGUUAAAACUUAAAAUUGUUACUGAACUGUAUUUUUUUCUUUCUAUUUCCAGAGGUAAAAUGUAAGUAACAUUAUAUAAAGUGGUGUCAACAUAUUUAAAAUCUUUCAACAUUGUUACUUUAUCAUUUUUAUAUUUAUUGGUAAUUUUUAUUCUCAAUGUUUUCUUUUUUCAUGACAAGCAGCAGUAUUGCUUUGAGAAUAGAAGAUUAUGAGGAAUACUUCAAGAGGAAACAUGCAGACUCCAAUUGUGGUUUUGCUGAAGAGUACGAGGACUUGAAACCUGUUGGAACUGCACAACCUAAAGAUGCUGCCCUCGCUAUUGAAAACAAGGCGAAGAACCGUUAUUCUAAUGUGUUAC